CAUCUUUAGUUCUCAGAAAGAGAGGAGAAGUUAUUGGUGCAAACUAUCUCAUCUGAGUAGUCUACAGGUCCUAGCUGAAACAACGUCUCUGAUAUUCUCAGAGACCUAAAAGGACACGGAUAUGAAGCCUCUGACGAUUCUCUUCCUGCUAGCAGCAGCUGUCACCACCACCGCCCCUCCUGCAGCAGCUGUCACCACUCCUGCCCCUGCAGCAGCUGUCACCACCACUGCCCUUGCAGCAGCUGUUACCACCACUGCCCCUGCAGCAGCUGUCACCACCACCGUUCCUGCAGCAGCUGUCACCACCACCGCUCCUGCAGCAGCUGUCACCACCACUGCCCCUGCAGCAGCUGUUACCACCACCGCUCCUGCAGCAGCUGUCACCACCACUGCCCCUGCAGCAGCUGUUACCACCACCGCUCCUGCAGCAGCUGUCACCACCACCGUCCCUGCAGCAGCUGUUACCACCACUGUCGCUGCAGCAGCUGUUACCACCACCGCCCCUGCAGCAGCUGUUACCACCACCACUCCUGCAGCAGCUGUUACCACCACUGUCGCUGCAGCAGCUGUUACCACCACCGUCCCUGCAGCAGCUGUUACCACCACUGUCGCUGCAGCAGCUGUUACCACCACCGCUCCUGCAGCAGCUGUUACCACCACCCCUCCUGCAGCAGCUGUUACCACCACUGUCGCUGCAGCUGUUACCACCACCGCUCCUGCAGCAGCUGUUACCACCACCGCUCCUGCAGCAGCUGUCACCACCACCGCUCCUGCAGCAGCUGUUACCACCACUGCCCCUGCAGCAGCUGUCACCACCACCACUCCUGCAGCAGCUGUCACCACCACCACUCCGGCAGCAGCUGUCACCACCACCACUCCUGCAGCAGCUGUCACCACCACCACUCCUGCAGCAGCUGUCACCACCACCACUCCUGCAGCAGCUGUUACCACCACCGCCCCUGCAGCAGCUGUUACCACCACUGUCGCUGCAGCAGCUGUUACCACCACCGCUCCUGCAGCAGCUGUUACCACCACCGCUCCUGCAGCAGCUGUCACCACCACCGCUCCUGCAGCAGCUGUUACCACCACUGCCCCUGCAGCAGCUGUCACCACCACCACUCCUGCAGCAGCUGUCACCACCACCACUCCUGCAGCAGCUGUCACCACCACCACCAAUCCUGCAGCAGCUGUCACCACCACCACUCCUGCAGCAGCUGUCACCACAACCACUCCUGCAGCAGCUGUUACCACCACCGCCCCUGCAGCAGCAACCACUUCCGCUGCUGUUGCAUCACCUGACCCUCCAUCUUCUAGUGAAGGAGCAAUGAGUCUUCAGUUCAGUCUCGACCAGGCGUUCAACUCAAAUCUUUCCAACUCGUCCUCUUCAGAGUUCAAGAAUCUGGCUGCCAAAGUGACCUCUGAGGUGAACAAGGCUUUUGCUAACAGCUCGGGCUUCCGUCGUUCCAUUGUCAACUCAUUCAGGAGUGGAUCUGUAGUUACCAACAUGACCCUCGUGUACGACAAGCAGUCUUCGGUUCCCAGCUCAAGCAGCGUACAGGCACUUCUCACCAGCAGUUCCAUCCCCCUGAACAUUAUAUCAGGAAGUGUCAUUGCUGUGGCAUUACCCACAUCAGGAAGUGCUCCCCGACCCACUGCCUUCUCUCAGGCUGCCUUGCCUCUCAGUUUGGCUCUGUUAAUGGUACAGCUGCUGGCUAGCUAAUAGCCUGGGGCAUAGCUGCUGUGGCUCUGCUAGCUGCUAGGCUAGCUAAUAGCAUAGGGCAUAGCUGCUGUGGCUCUGCUAGCUGCUAGGCUAGCUAAUAGCAUGGGGCAUAGCUGCUGUGGCAUUGGUUUAACCAAUCAACGGUUUCCCAGCUCUCAUAGUUACAGCCUUAAAGCUAGAAUCCUUAGUUGCUACACCCAUUUUUUUGACUUAUAAAUUAGUUAUAUCUACCCAUUGAUUCUAGAAGAAUAUAACAUAUGAAUACCUCAUGAGUUUAGCUCAACUGUCGUAACCCAUCAAAACCCCAAAUAUAAGCUUGUUUUUACUCCAAUGUUUCUAAACAAUGCAAAACAAACACUGUAUAGCUUUAAAACAUUAUUAAAACUAUAAUUCUGAUAUUCUGAUUUUCAGUCCUUGCAUAGCUCUGUCUAUUUUAUUUUACAAGGCAAGUCAGUUAAGAACAAAUUCUUAUUUAAGAUGACAGCCUAGGAACAGUGCCUUAUUCAGGGGCAGAAGGACAGAAUUUUACCUCGUCAGCUAGGGGGAUUCGAUCUUGCAACCUUUCGGUUACUAGUCCAACACUCUAACCGCUAGGCUACCUGCCUCCUCACCCCAAAUUGACACCUCUAAUGCAGUUCCUAGGCUGUCAUCGAAAAAAAUAA